CAUCAAACACUCGAAGAGCAUUUUACCUUCUGGGAUGACAACAAAUACGCAGCAUUGACACUGUCUCUCGUACACAUGCUCACGGCUGAACUUUUGGCUGUGAAACAAGCCCUCAACCUGACCGAUGCUGAUUUCAUCCGGUUCCAUGCUGAUGAAAGGUCAUACCUUGAAUCUCCUAAAGAGCUGCCCCUCCAAGAAUGUCUUCAAAUCCGCUAUGUCCAAGUCCUCAAUGAGUUAGCUGAACAGCGGUUAGAGUGGGUCAGAGCUCGAGAAGCUGCCAAUCAGGCUUUGACCGAUGUUGCCAUUGGUAAUCUACAACAAAUAAACCUUUCUAUUUCUCAAGCACGAAUUCGAGUUGACGCAGCUUACUCUAAGCUCCAGAAUCCCAAGGCCUUCACCAGCCAUAUUGAAAAUCAGCUUGCGAUAGAAGAGCGCUGGAUAGUAGGAGAUCACAAUUAUAUGAAAUACAAGGAAGAGGCAUCACUACAGAGGUAUCAUGUUGCUCUUGAUGAGUUAGAGCAUCUUGUUGUGAUGCGUCUAUUUGAGUUGUCCAAACUCUCACUUUCUGGCACCGGAUACAAACUACAGCAACAGAUCGGAAAGGCAUUGCAGAGACGCUCGGACAUGAUUUGGAAUGCCAUCAAUAAGUAUAAUAAUCAGGCUGUUGCCCUUGAUCCCCCCCGGCCGCAGUUAUCAUGGAAGGAUAUAGCUGACUACAGCUUCCUGGGAGAGUUCGAUCUCCUUCGUUAUUCUCGCACCGACAUUCGCGAAGUUGACUGGUCAAAACCCGCAUAUCGAGAAGCCUCUGUCAAAUUCUUCAAGCUCCGUUGA